AUGGCUCUCUCCUUUGCUCCAAUCACUCUGCCCUACUGGCUGUCAAGACUGGGCUACGAGAUACAGAAAGACUGGAAUUUCAUCACGCGUGAUGCAUCGAGGACACUAUGUCGAAUUGCACCGCUGCGUCUAUCCAUCUCUUCCACCAGGAAGUGCAGCACCAAGUCGAUUAACAAAGUUAAUAAAGGGAAACUCAAGCAGAGUGGGCGCUCAAAGCCUUCCAGGAAGCGAAGAAAAGACGGUGCAAAAGCACGCCGAUCACAGGCUGAAAUUGUCUCACCCGGCCAACAUGCUAGUGAGCGUGAAAACGCAAGGAAGACGUGCGGUAAGGAUACAGUUCAUACAAUAACUCGCAGCACCCAUUCAGCGCCAGCUCUUUCUACAGCCGGGUCUCUAAACAGUGUUCCUGCAUCAAGCAACGUAUUAUUUCCAGAGCCAGAUCCAGGACCCAGUGUUGAACUUGCAGCCUUCAAUGAAUCUUUGAAAGUCGCUAACAACAUCUUCCGCAACUUCCAUAGAGAGAUCAGCAAGAGCCUGGACCAUAUGAGCUUCGCAAAGGAGACUGCUGCACCUCAGAGCAAUGUUCCAGCGGGGCGAGUAGUGGAACCAGUGCUGCAUUGUCCCGCUCAGUCGCCGACAACGGUGGUCCAAGGUGCAGCUCAGUGUAAGACUUCCUCGGACAAAAUUUCCAUACUCGAACCCUCUGUUCCCACACGAUUUGACGACCAUGUGACGCCAUGUAUUGCUGAAGUCUCCUCAUCCAAGUUGCCGGCUGGUUCGAAAUCCGAUGAUUGGGACUCCUGUUACCCAUCGUGGCUUUCCGACAUCCACGACCCAGACCUAAGACACAAAGUGGGACGACUUCUGGAGUCCUGCUCACUAUUUCCAGUCCAAAGCCUGUACAACUUGCUUCUGGAUCAUCGGGGAGAUUUUGAGUCCGCCAGAGACUACUUGUUCCGGUUGAUGGAGGAGUACUUGCAAAGUCAGAUUGCGCAAAAACCUGUAGUGGAACAAAAUGAGGCGGAAUUGAAGGCCGAGGAUGAGGAGGUCAGAGUCAGAUUUGACUUCGACGAUCCGUUUUUCAUUUAUGACGACGAUGUUCCGGAAGAGACCCCCGAGCAAAGAGUGGCUUCUCAUCGCUACCAAUCUCCCGUUAAACCUACAAAACCAAGGAAGAGUAGCAAUACCAAAGGUCCCCCAAAGCAAAGACAGAAGAGGUCAGGGACAUCAACGCAGAAGUGUAUGAAAUCUAAAAGAAGGAACCUGAAACAACCAAAGACUGGUCCAAAUCAGCUGCAAAAUCCUAGAUCCGGUACUGAUAGCCCAACUCACCGCCUUGCAAACUUGGAGGAUGCAAACAACAGUCAAGUCAUAGCGACUGAUUCUGAAGAUGACGAUCUUCCGCUGGUGAAGAUUUCAAGAAGCAGGUUAAGCGAGCCGUCGCACGGCACGACGAGCUCACGCAAACGAAAGAGAACCGAGAGUCCUAUGGACAGCUCAAGUGGGGACUCAAAUUUCAUCGAGCCAGACGAAACGGUAGUAAGCGAUUGGAGCACCAGUUUCCAUAUGUCAGAGAGUUCGGGGGAGUCUUCAGACUGGUCUCGGUGCGAGCAGGAUCUUCCACUUGAAUCCGACUCUGAGCGUGAGCCUAUAUCAGAACCGGAUUCGAGCACUGAUGACGAAGAGGAUUUGUCAAUUGAGCUCGACAAUCCAUUCCCCCAUCUCCAAUCCAGCGCGAGCGGCAAGUUGCCAAAAGUUCGUCGAAGAUCAAGCGCAAGCCUCACCAAGGCAGAUAACUCGUCAACAUGGGCAAGGAUAUGUGCACGAACACAAAGGAACAAGAACAUAGACUGGAGUCCGCAGAUGUAG